GGGACCUAUGUAUUUCUAAGCAUCCAGCAGAUAUUAUGGACUAUUAGAAAACUAUAUGUAGAAAAGUGUUAUUAGUCUGCAAUAGCUCGCGUUCAGGAUUUUAUUUUAAAUUGAUCUACUCUCUCACUAAGCAAAAGAGUUUUGGAAAGAUUUUGCUUCUCAGUAAUAAGGAUCGGGACAUCUGUAGGUUCUGCAAUGUCUUGCUGUGACGAACGGACUACUAAAUUCUGCUCUUCUUGAGACAGCAUUAUAUCAAAUGGCUAUAGAUAUUGCGCAUAUGGCGACAUGGUUUCAGGCUGACACCGUACAACACAGGAGCUUUCUUGUUCGUUUGGGAAGUUGCACAGUGCAUAUGUUUUCUUGGACCAAAGCGAUGGGUUAUUCCUAAACUGUGCCUGGAGAAGAAACGGUGUCAAGACAGAGCGAGGGAAUAAAGAGGAGUGCACUUGUUGUUUGGAGAUGAUCUUGAUAUUUAUUUUUUUCUCGAUCUUGGAUGGAGGGUUAUCGCAGCUGCACUUCUCGGUACCGGAGGAGCAGGAGCGCGGGACGGUUGUGGGAAAUAUCGCCGAAGAUCUGGGGCUGGACAUCACCAAACUUUCCGCGCGCCGUUUCCAGACCGUUCCUAGCGCGCGCACGCCGUACCUGGAGGUCAACUUAGAGAACGGAGCGCUGGUAGUGAACGAGCGCAUCGACCGAGAGGAGAUAUGUCGCCAGACCGUCCCGUGCCUCCUGCACCUCGAAGUGUUUUUGGAGAACCCGCUCGAGCUCUUCCGCGUCGAGAUCGAGGUCAUGGAUAUUAACGACAAUCCGCCGAGUUUCCCGGAGACGGACAUCACCGUGGAGAUCACCGAGAGCGCCACACCGGGCACCCGCUUCCCAGUGGAGAACGCCUUUGACCCUGAUGUGGGGACUAAUGCCUUGAGCACAUACGCCAUCACCACUAACAACUACUUUUAUUUGGACGUACAGACGCUGCGCUCUUUUGAUUACGAGCAAAUAAAAGAGUUCAGUUUUAUGGUCCACGCCAAAGACUCCGGUGCGCCCGAGUUAACGGCCAACGCCACCGUUAACGUCAUCAUAGUAGACCAGAACGACAAUGCCCCGUCUAUAAUUGCGCCUCUGGGCAAAAACGGCACCGCGAGGGAACAUUUUCCCCGCUCAGCCGAGCCGGGAUACCUGGUCACCCGUAUUGUGGCCACGGAUGCGGAUGAUAACUCUGAGAACGGCUACUUGUACGCGCUGCGCUCUUUUGAUUACGAGCAAAUAAAAGAGUUCAGUUUUAUGGUGCACGCCAAAGACUCCGGCGCGCCCGAGUUAACGGCCAACGCCACCGUUAAUGUCAUUAUAGUGGACCAGAACGACAACGCCCCCUCUAUAAUCGCGCCUCUGGGCAAAAACGGCACCGCGAGGGAACAUCUGCCCCGUUCAGCCGAGCCGGGAUACCUGGUGACCCGUAUUGUGGCCACGGAUGCGGAUGACGGUGAGAACGCGCGCCUGUCAUACAGCAUCCUCCGAGGAAACGAGCUCGGGAUGUUCCGGAUGGACUGGAGAACCGGUGAGCUACGUACCGCGCGCCGGGUAUCCAGCAAACGGGACCCGCCGCACCCGUACGACCUGUUGAUCGAGGUGCGCGACCACGGGCAGCCACCGCUGUCGUCCUCCGCGAGCAUCAACGUAGUGCUCGUGGACAGCAUUGUUGAGGGCCGGAGCGGUGACCGGGGGUCGGUCAAGUCCAAAGAGGGCUCGCUGGACCUCACACUCAUUCUCAUUAUAGCGCUCGGCUCUGUGUCCUUCAUCUUCCUACUCGCCAUGAUCGUGCUGGCUGUGCGCUGUCAAAAAGACAAGAAACUGAACAUCUACACGUGCAUGGCCGGAGACUCGUGCUGUCAGUGCUGCAGUCGCCAAGCGCGCGGGCGCAAGAAGAAGCUCAGUAAAUCGGACAUUAUGCUCGUCCAGAGCACUAACGUGGCCAGCACCGCACAGGUGCCGGUGGAGGAGUCGGGCAGCUUCGGCUCGCACCACCAAAACCAGAACUACUGCUACCAGGUAUGUCUGACACCGGAGUCUGCCAAAACCGACCUAAUGUUCCUUAAACCGUGCAGCCCAUCCCGGAGCACAGACACAGAGCACAACCCGUGCGGGGCAAUCGUUACCGGAUACGAGGGUCAGCAACCAGAUAUCAUCUCAAACGGGAGCAUUUUAUCAAGCGAGACCAAGCACCAGAGAACUGAACUCAGCUACCUGGUGGAUAGGCCCCGUCGUGUUAACAGUUCAGCAUUUCAAGAGGCAGAUAUCGUCAGCUCUAAAGACAGCGGACAUGGAGAUAGUGAGCAGGGAGACAGCGACCAUGACGCCACCAACCGGGGCCACACAGCAGGAGCAGAUCUUUUCUCCAACUGCACUGAAGAGUGCAAGGCUCUGGGUCACUCCGACCGAUGCUGGAUGCCCUCCUUCAUGCCUGGCGACAGUCGCCAGGGUGCAGACUACCGUAGCAACCUGCAUGUCCCAGGAAUGGACGCGGUGCCAGACACUGAGGUACAGGAGAGCAUGGUUCCGGGCGAUGCGUGCAAUCGGGCCGAUGAUAGAUCAUUCUCUACGUUCGGCAAAGACAAGUCACACCACGGCACACUCACACGCCACGAGCUACACACACUCUUACCAAGCGCCCGAGCGCCUUACAAACCCAACUAUCUGUGUGAGUACUCACUCAAAAUGUACGAUUUCUGAACCCCCCCCAGAUCUGAUCCACUGCCGUCAUCUCUUCCAAAUCUAACCCUUGGCCCUGUUUGUAUAGAACUAUUUAUAUAAAAAAAUAUAUAUGUAAUCUCAUUUCUCAAAACACCCUUUGUUGACCUAUUCUCUCACUUUCCAAUUAGUUUUCCCCUUUCCUUCAAAAGCAAAAUGACAAAAAACAUACAUGUAUAAUAUAUGGACAUAUCAAUAAAGGACUUUUUUGAGUGAAUUUGUGGAGUUGUGUCCAACAUUUUGUCCUCUCCCGGCCCUCUAAAUUCUCCCCAAAGCAUCUGAAGACACUGGUGAAAAACCAUUACAAAUUUGGCUCAUGAAUGCUGAAUUUGUAACUAAUUUGUCAUCCAAACCUACAUAACACAUACUUUGUGCUGUGACUUUUCCUUGAGCUGAAAUUUAUCUUCAUCAUAAUCAUGUAAGAGACAUGGUAUGUCUAUACAACAUCACAUGGUUCUGCAUCUCACAUAAUCAUGAUGAUGACAUUUUCAGCCAUUGUAUCCAUCAUGCAGCACGUUUAUGCCAUAAUAAACAGAAAUACACAGCAUGCCAUAUGGAAUGGCAGUGGUUAUUUCUCAGCUUUCAUAUACAUCCUACAAAAUCCAACAUUAUCUGCCUGUGUUUUUCCAUCUAUGUCUGUUCUAAUCACCAUAUGCCACUGCUCUACUGUAAUCACACUUGUGACAGUCAUAGCGCCCUGCCUCCUCACCUCUGAUUAUAGCAUGCAAACUGUGGUAGUGUACGCUCACAGCCGCUGAGGCAUCCAGCAUCUUGUUACUGCAUUUGUUUUAAUGCAGUACUACUACUGCACUA